GAUGGAAUAUCGCGAUUUCAUGAUGGAGUGUCGCGAUAAGGUUAUCGCCGCGGUAUGCCGUAGGCUAGAUUCGAGCUGGUCCGUAUCACCGCGGCAUCCCGCGGUAGGCUGGUGAUCUGCAUCUAUCAACUCUACUAACUAGCCGGGCUGCCGCGGGGCUAAAGCUCCAUGAAAAGACUGCUCUGCCGAUAAAUAUAAGUAUAAUUGCCUCGAGAGCUCGCAAGGACAUCCAGAAGGUCCAUCAAGUCAUCGCCUUACACUUUACAUCUCUUCCAGCACCGGAGGAUUCGAUACGUCGAACUUUUCUCUGCCUCUUUCUCCACACAUAUUUCGCUUUUCUGUGAUACAAAUGGAGCAGAGCACAUUGAUUCGCCGUGGAGUCGGACUUCGUGGAGUGGACCCACGCAAAGUCUCCCCAGGCUACACGCUCUUCGCGCACCUCACGAGCCCCGGCACCGUAAAGCUCAUCGACAAUCAUGGGCAGGAGGUCCAUCGAUGGGACCUUCCUUACCGCCCCGGCCGACAUGCGCAGAUCUUGAAUAACGGGAACCUGGCCUACAAUGGUGUCCAUCCGGAUGCACCUCGACUGUUCCCCCUCUGGCAGAAGUACCGCGGCGGAGUAAUGAUGGAGGUUGACCCACACGGCAAUGUUGUAUCGGAACACCGCGACCCGCUUGCCCAUCACGACCAACAUCAUUUGGACAAUGGCGAGCUGCUCUAUACCACUGUUGAAGGACUCGGACCAGAAAAGGGCACGGCUGUGCUGGGAGGCAUCCCGGACAGCGAGGCGCCGGACGGCAAGGUGUACGCCGACUGCAUCAAGCAUGUAUCCCUGUCGGGGGAGCUGCUGUGGUUCUGGAAAGCGAUCGAUCAUCUUGAUCCGAAGAAGUUCCCUCUGCAGCCACACUAUCCUCGCGAACACUGGCCGCUCAUCAACUCCGUGUACCCACUAAAAGACGGCAACAUUCUUGCCUCUCUGCGCAGCGUGUCCGCGGUCAUCAUCAUCUCUAGAGAGACUGGCGAAGUCAUUUGGCACCUUGAUUCGACGGUCUUGGCUCAGCAGCACUGCGCGAGCGAGUUGGAGGAUGGAAGCAUUCUGAUCUUCGACAAUGGGACAUUCCGCCGCCACGAAAGCGCAACGUACUCUCGAGUCAUCCAGGUCGCUCGCGAGGACAAGUCGAUCGUCUGGGAGUAUCGCGACCCGCAUCCAAUGACAUUCUUUACACCUUUCAUGGGGGGAGCGCAGCGGCUUCGCGGCGGCAACACUCUGAUAACAGAGGCUGCCUUUGGCAGGAUCUUUGAGGUGACAGAGAAAGGUGAGAUCGUGUGGGAGUAUGUGAAUCCGGACUUUGCCGACUACACCGGGUUGGAUGCGAAGGAGAUUGAGGGGUACUUUAGAUACCCUGCAAAUGCUCUGUUCAGAGCGUAUAAGUACGCACCAGAACAGAUCCCUUGGCUUCACCCCAACUGAGUGUAGAGGAGGAAAAGAGGAGGGUAUGUUGCCGCCGAAGUUUGAGUUUCUAUAGCCGGAGUGUUGGGCUGGGUCGGGAUGGCGUUUGGUAUAGCUCUUUUC